AUGCUUGAUACCCGACUAAACUUUAAGCAGCAAGUAGACCACGUGAGUGCCAAAGCAUCAGUAGUAAGAGCAAGCCUAUCACGGCUCAUGCCUAACGUUGGAGACCCAAAGCAGUGCAGAAGGAGCUUACUUUCGUCAGUUGUCACCUCGGUGCUGACUUAUAGAAUCUCCAUCUGGGCGGAUGCCCUUGAAGUCCAAGAGACAAGAAGAAAAGUCGCAUCCAUCUAUCGACUAAGCGCCUUGAGAGUGUCCAGUGCCUUCCGCACAGUAUCAGAAGAAGCGGCGUGCGUUAUUGCCGGAAUGCUGCCUGUCCGAGUGCUAGCCGAAGAAAGGCGAGCCCUCUAUCAACGACGAAAAUCAUCUGCGUCGUGGUCUUGA